UCCCAGCCUGUCUCUCUCUUUCCCUAGUCGGGCAGGGAUCUGGGAAGACGGGGCUCCAGGAUCGUCCUUCCUUUUAGCCAGAGCAGUGUUCAACUCUGGCUAAUGGUCGCAUGGGGGAUUGAACUUGGGAUCUCUGGUACCUCAGACAUGAAAGUCGUUUGCAUAGCUUUUAUGCUAUCUACCCCGCCCCACUUUGCCCUCCUUUAGGUACUCAAGUUAUGGGCGGAGAGCUGAGGUGGCUGGUGCCUUAGCCAAGCGCAGCACCCGCUCCACUUUAGGGGGCACUGUGUGUGCCAGACACAACACUGGAGACUUUACCCCCAUUCUCGUAGCCUGAGCAGUGGGAGUGAUGACUGUAUCCCAUUUGGACAUAUGAGAAAGCCGAAGCACGGAAAGCUGAAUAGCAGAGCCAAGGCUUCAUGGUUAGUAAGAGAUAGACAUGGACUCCAAGACGUGCUUUUACGCACUGCCCCACGAACUGUGACCACUAAGUAUGGACUGCGAGCUGGCGAGGAGAGCCUGAAGGGUCGGGGACCGAGAAGGGACGUUGGAGACCUGAGGAAACUGAAGUGGUUGUCUGGGGAGCGGCGCAGGAGCGCAAGUGUAGUUGUGCGCACCCGGCGGGGCUUCCCGACCCGGGUUUUCCGGGGAGGGCUCAGCUUGGCAGGUGGGAGCAGCUGUGGGCGGGGCUUCCCGGGCCAGGUGAGGCGCGGGCGAGCUGGCGGGAAAGGCAGGUACGCGCGGCCCCUGCAGUGAGCGCGCAAGUUGGAGCUCCCAGGCUGCUGGGCGAGGCACUCCAGGAGUCCUGGGACCGGCCGGGCUGACUGGGUCUCAGCGGGGGCGGAAGAGCGGGGAGCCGCGCCCGGCCCAGCCCAGGUGCAGGUCCCCGGGGCGGGGUUUGGGAACUGGCUGAGGGGGGCGGUGGGUGCCGGUUCGAUUGGAGACCAGACGAGCCCGGUGGCGCGCGGAGGACCUGGGCGGCCAGAGGCGCGGACUUCGCAGCAUGUUUUCCCGAAACCACCGGAGCCGGGUCACCGUCGCCAGGGGCUCCGCCCUGGAGAUGGAGUUCAAACGCGGCCGUUUUCGUCUGAGUGUCUUCAGCGACCCGCCGGAGCUGGGAGAACAGUUGCCACCAAAGCAAGACUGGACACUCUGUGCCCAGAGCCCCCUCUGCAGCUGGCCUCCUCUCCUGGAACUGAGUCCACCUCAUCUUGCUCUCCUCUCCUCCCAUGUCUGGCUCUCACCAGGGCCUCGGGACUGCAGGAGGCCAGGAAAGUCUGUCUCAGCGGCCAGAGAGGUCUAACGGGAGUGCAGAGGGACAGGGGCAGCUUCUGCCCACUUCUUUCAAGACCAGGGAAGCAGCGGGAAGAGGAAUUGUGGGACUCCGUGGUGCCUACGUAUACCCGCCCCUCUGGAGGGGUUGUCUAGGGGAGGGACACUGGGGGGCGCAGAGAUGCAGGACAGAUUGCACAUCCUGGAGGACCUGAAUAUGCUCUACAUUCGGCAGAUGGCGCUCAGCCUGGAGGACACUGAACUGCAGAGGAAGCUGGACCAUGAGAUCCGAAUGCGGGAGGGGGCAUGCAAGCUGCUGGCGGCCUGCUCCCAGCGUGAGCAGGCUCUGGAGGCCACCAAGAGCCUACUGGUGUGCAACAGUCGCAUCCUCAGCUACAUGGGCGAGCUGCAGCGGCGCAAGGAGGCGCAGGUGCUGGGGAAGACAGGCCAGCGGCCUUCUGAGAGCAGUUCACCUGCUGAUCGUUCCCCCUGCCGUGGCCGGGUCUGCAUCUCUGACCUCCGGAUUCCACUCAUGUGGAAGGACACAGAGUAUUUCAAGAACAAAGGCGACCUCCACCGCUGGGCUGUGUUCUUACUGCUACAGCUAGGGGAAGACAUUCAGGACACAGAGACGAUUCUGGUGGACAGGACCCUCACAGAUAUCUCCUUUCAAAAUAGCAUUCUCUUCACGGAGGCAGGGCCAGACUUUGAGCUGCGGCUGGAGCUGUAUGGGGCCUACAUGGAAGAGGAGGGGGCCCUGGCUGCCGCCCCCAAGAGGCUUGCCACCAAACUCAGCAGCUCCCUGGGCCGAUCCUCAGGGAAGCGUGUACGGGCAUCGCUGGAGAAUGCUGGGGGCUCUGGGACUAGUCCCAUCCUGCUCCCCACCCCAACUAUGGGUGGUCCUCGAUACCACCUCUUGGCUCACACCACACUUACCCUAGCAGCAGUGCAAGAUGGGUUCCGCACACACGACCUCACUCUGGUCAGCCAUGAGGAGAACCCUGCCUGGCUGCCCCUUUACGGGAGUGUGUGUUGCCGCCUGGUGGCUCAGCCUCUCUGCUUGACGCAGCCUACUGCCAGUGGCUCCCUUAGGGUACAGCAAGCCAGGGAGCUGCAGGACUGGGCUCAAGUGUACGGAGUCUUGAAAGGCACAAACCUCUUCUGUUACCGGCACCAUGAAGAUGCAGACUCUGGGGAAGAGCCGCUGUUUACAAUUGAGAUCAACAAGGAGACCCGGGUCCGAGCAGGGGAGCUGGACCAGGCUGCAGGCCGGCCCUUCACCCUGAGCAUCAGUAACCAGUAUGGGGAGGACAAAGUGACACAUACCCUUCAAACAGAGAGUCGGGGAGCCCUGCAGAAUUGGAUGGAGGCUCUGUGGCAGCUUUUCUUUGACAUGAGCCAGUGGAAGCAGUGCUGUGAUGAAAUCAUGAGAAUUGAAACCCCUGCUCCCCGGAAACCACCCCAAGCACUGGCCAAGCAGGGGUCCUUGUACCAUGAAAUGGCUAUUGAGCCGCUGGAUGACAUCGCAGCAGUGACAGACAUCCUGGCCCAGCGGGAGGGUGUGAGGCUGGAGACGCCCCCACCCUGGCUAGCAAUGUUCACAGACCAGCCUGCUGCCCUGCCUAACCCCUGCUCACCUACAGUAGCUCCUGCCCUAGCCCGGACCCAACCCCUGCCCUGGGGGCGACCCCGAACUUUCUCCCUGGAUGCUGUACCCCCAGACCACUCCCCCGGGGCUUCUUGCUUGGUUGCCCCUCUUCCCCCACAGCGAUCCCCAAGGUCCAGAGGCUUCUGCAACAAGGGGCCACCUCAUACUUGGCUUCAGUCACCAGUGUGAGAGAGAAAGUACUGGCAACAGGAUCUGGCCAGAAGAGGAGAAAACCUAUGUGCAGUUGGGCUCUGGAUACAGCACUUUCUGUAGUAGGUUGGCGGCCUGGCCUCCCCUUCUUCUGCUGGUGAGAGGGAGAAGUCCCUCUUAAACUGUGGUUUCCAUGAUGCUGAGAGAUUCAUUCAUCGUGGCUGGCUGGGACUACCCUCAACCCCCCAACUCUUCCUGGGGACAAACUGGAACCAACUCUGCCCUACCUCCCUGCACUAACCAGCUUUGAGGAUGGCACUGAAGAAUGCUGGGAGGGAAUGCAUCUUCCUUGUAAUGCCCACCUCAACCAUUAAAAGUUAUUUAAUGCCA